CGCCGCCCGCCCGCCCCGCCCGGUUCCCCCGUCCGUGCGGGGAGCGCGGCGGGCGCGGCAGGGAGCGGGGAAAGGAGGCGGCGGAGGAUGUUGCCCGCGGCUCUCCGGCAGCAGCUUCGUCCUUUCCGUCUUUCCUGACUGCGCCUCGGCGCCUGCUGCAGCCUGGGGGACGCUGAGGAGAGCAAGAAAUUUCGGAAGCGGCGCGGAGGAAGAGCCCGCGGGGAACUGCGAGUGCCUCUCGCGGCCCCCCCUCCCGCUGUACCAUGAUCCAGGCUCUUCCCUCCCUCUGAGGAGACUGCGAGGCAGAAGGGGGAAUUCAGCAGGUCUGUGGUUGCUAAGGCUGAGCAGCGAGAGGUGAACAUGGCCCAGGCGUCCGGUGAUCAAAGUAACGUGGAAACUGCUGACCCAGAGGAGAGUUCUCCAAAUAUGAUUGUCUACAGAAAGAUUGAAGACAUCAUUACAAGAAUGCAAGAUGACAAAACAGGUGGAGUUCCCAUCCGAACUGUGAAGAGCUUUCUGUCUAAAAUCCCCAGUGUCGUCACAGGUGCUGACAUUGUACAGUGGCUGGUGAAGAACCUCAGCAUUGAGGAUCCAGUGGAAGCAAUACACUUGGGAAGUCUUAUUGCUGCACAGGGCUAUAUCUUUCCAAUCUCAGACCAUGUCCUUACCCUGAAAGAUGAUGGGACAUUCUAUCGUUUUCAGGCACCAUACUUCUGGCCUUCAAACUGCUGGGAACCAGAAAACACAGAUUAUGCCAUCUAUCUUUGCAAACGGACCAUGCAGAACAAAGCGAGGCUGGAGCUGGCGGAUUAUGAAGCCGAAAACUUAGCAAGACUUCAGAGGGCAUUUGCACGAAAGUGGGAAUUUAUCUUCAUGCAAGCUGAGGCCCAAGUGAAAAUCGACAGAAAAAAGGAUAAAACAGAAAGAAAAAUUUUGGACAGCCAGGAAAGAGCAUUCUGGGAUGUGCACAGGCCUGUGCCGGGCUGUGUGAACACAACAGAAAUGGACAUUAGAAAGUGUCGUCGUAUGAAAAACCCACAAAAGGUCAAAAAGUCAGUAUAUGGGGUUACUGAGGAAUCUCAGCCCCAAAGCCCUGUACACCUGCCCUCCCAACCUGUACGCAAAACCACAAAAGAGGAUUUCCGAAAACAAAUAAAUUUUCUGAACCUGCAGAUAGACAGACACUGUUUAAAGAUGUCCAAGGUAGCAGAAAGUUUAAUAGCCUACUCAGAGCAAUAUGUGGAAUACGACCCCUUUAUAACUUCUGCUGAGCCUUCCAAUCCCUGGAUAAGUGAUGAUGUGGCUUUGUGGGACAUAGAAAUGAGCAAAGAACCUAGCCAGCAGCGUGUGAAAAGAUGGGGUUUCUCUAUGGAUGAAGUGCUGAAGGACCCAGUAGGACGAGACCAGUUCCUUCGUUUCCUGGAAUCAGAAUUCAGCUCAGAAAACCUCAGGUUUUGGCUGGCUGUCCAAGAUCUCAAAAAACAACCUUUACAGGAUGUAACCACAAGAGUGGAGGAAAUCUGGCAAGAGUUUCUAGCCCCUGGGGCCCAAAGUGCUAUCAACCUGGAUUCCCACAGCUAUGAGAAAACAAGCCAAAAUGUCAAAGACCCAGGGAGAUACACAUAUGAAGAUGCACAGGAGCACAUUUACAAGCUGAUGAAGAGUGACAGCUAUGCGCGCUUCCUCCGUUCUAAUGCUUACCAGGACUUAUUGCUGGCGAAGAAGAAGGGAAAGUCUCUGGCGGGCAAGCGCCUCGCCGGCCUGAUGCAGUCCUCCUGACGGCUUCGGCUGAGCAAGCCGACGACGGCAGCGCCGGGGGAGAGCCGCGCGGGACCUCCGCGGAGGACGUUUCGUUCUGGGGAGAAUGGGUCACUGUGAGAGAGAGGGAGUGAGAGCAAGGGGGGAGCGACGCGCCGGACACUCGUCUCUUCAUAGUUUACAUCAACACUUUCUUACUUGUACAGCUUUGUAAGGACACUGAGCUCUGUAAAGGUACUUUGUUUCCUACUUGGUUCUGGAGGAGCACACUUCACUGCACACAGAAGGUCACCAAGGCAAGGGCUUGGUAUCUUAUUAUUUAAGGAAACAGACCCAGCCACAACUCAGAGAAAGAAGAGCUGAGAGAGAUCGCUGUUAUUCCUUCAUCUCUUCUCUCCCUGGUGCAGACAUGGCUGUAGUAAAUGCCACUGCAAUCCCAUUUGCUGCCUUUCUUGUGGCCAUCUGAAUCCAAUAAAAUAUCUACUGGCAGCUGCUUCUCCUUUUCACAAAACAGCAAAUUCAUUUCUCCUGCAGAUUCACUGACUUCUGCUUCAUUUUUCUUUCUUUUGUCUCUCCUCCUUUAAAAAGCACUAUUUAUGUUCUUCAUUUGCUGUCCUUCCAACAGCAUGUAGCAUGUGCAAAGUGAGCCAGAUCCUCAGCUGAAGUCAGCAGAGCACGAUUGGUUUACAUCACCUGAGGAUCUGUCUCGUUGAGUCAGACUCUGAUCUUGGUGUAAAUCCUCUGGUGUUGGUGGAAGUACUCUGCAUGUACAUUUAGUGCAAAUGUGAUCAGACUCUGCCUGAUGCUCAAUAAGUACUGUUUUAGAUGUAUAAUGCAAAUAUGCACACCACACACACACACAGUAUUUAGAAGUAAGAUGUUUUAUAUUGUAAUUGGUUUUCUAUUUAUUUAAAAUUUUACAUAUUUAUUCAAUGACGGAUGUUCAAGUUUUACUCCAAGUAGAUAGAACUGAAUCACUUUUAGAGAAAACUCUAAGUUCCUGCAAUCACAGAGGGCCAAAAUCUGCUUGUUUUAUGGAGGAAAAGCUAACCCUGAUGAUCCUUUUUGAUUACUCAGGAUGUGGGCAGAUACAACUGAGAGCAAAAUUUAGUCUACAGUGAGGGGUGAGUUCAUGGAGAUGAGAUUGGUGGAAACAGUUUGUGAAUGGGUAAGGUUUUGAGUACCAGAUAACCCUUUCUGAACAGUAGCACAUUCAGCCAGGCCUUUGAUAUAAUUCUCAGAUUCCUGACUCAGUUGAGGAACACCAUUUGUAAAAAUUAAAUUGCACCAUUUGAGAAAAAGAGCUUUCACUGAAACCUCAUCUGACAUUUAUCUGUGAAUACAGCUGUCGGAGUGACCCAAUAGGUUGUUGUAAAAUGUUGGGAUUGUGGAGGUUCAGGAUGAGGAAUGAACUCAAGUAACUUGUUUAAUGAUAAAAACCUGCAUACACUAGCUACAGAUAUGGAAAACGGACUGCAUUCGCAUAUAGUAUAUCGUCUAUAUAAAAAAAUUCUAAGAUUCAGCUGACUUAGUGCCACAAAUCCUCCUAAUGAGUACCAAUAUAUUUUGCAAGCAGUGUAGAUCUGAAACAUCCAUGAAAGUAGGCACUUGCUAAUCUCCUUCACUCAUGCCAAGUUUAUGCAGGUUGUAAAAAUUGCUAUAUGGCUGCAAGUCUGCAUUCCUACCUAGGCAAAACUAUCUAGCUAAGUAGACAGCUGGCUAUCCACAAUAGUCACUUCUGAGGCAAAUAUUAUCCUAAUAUUUAAGACCUGUGUAUGCAUAAAAUCAGGCCAGCAUAGUUUCUGAUAGAAGAAGGAUCUUCCCUCUUAAUCUGUGAAAUUUCUCACUUUUUGAUAUCUCAUUUUUUGCCCAGAAAACUCCUGUUACCCUGAUUUUGCCUAAGUGAGAAGGUCUGUAGGACUCACAACACCUGCAUGAAUAUACAGAGGAAUUUUUAGACUUAAAUAUUUGAAUAUUUGUUCUUUACACUUGCUUAGUUCCCAUAAAAUGCCUAUCUGAGGUCUUCAGACCAACUUCUUCCUACACGUACAUAAAAAAAUAAGCAAGUUCCAAGAUUGUAGAACCCACAAAUGUGCACAUACAUUUGGGUGGUGUGCUGCUUCUGAAAGGGACAUUUGGUCAUCUCCAAAUUGUCACAUAGCUGUCUUUCUUUGCUGUAUUCAUCUCUCUUCGCUGUUGCCCACCUAGCCAAUGGGUCCCCUCUGGUAAUAGUGGUCUUUGCAGAAAGACCCGGUUGUGCAUUCAUGCACCUUCUUACAUGGCCCCUUAUGUCACCCCCUAGGAAAAUUGAAAGGCUGCUCUUCUCAGAGCCUUAUUUACGAUUUGCUUAGCUAUGCCAAAGCCAUCAUUGCCAGGUGUUGCUGGAAGCCUGUAAACUGACAGCAACGGACAUCCCAAGCUAGUCUUCACACCAGCACUGCACUGUCCCUGAGCUGAAGCAUUUCCCCACACUACCAUGGGAGGUCUGUCUUAAGAGCCCCUCAGAUUGGUCUGCGCAGCAUUGCCAGGUAGGACAUAAAGCACUAAACUCCGUGGUGUGUAGCCGGAGCAGAGAAGGUAAGCUAUGUUACCGGGGCUCUGCUUUACAGAGAAUUCCCGACACUGGACAGGCCCUCUCAGAUGCUGGGCAGGUUCGGGGAAAGGAGGGCUGGCUCAGCAGAGGUGUUCCUCAGUUUCUUCCAGCACUUAGGCAAAGCAGGAAGGGCUGAUGGCCGCUGGCCCUUGCUUUGCCGCCCACGUUCCUUACAGCAGUGGAUGCUGGCAGGCGUGCAGGACAGGCAGAAACUGGGUCAUGGUCUGAGCAGGGAGCUUUAGUGCCAGUAUUUUACUUGGAGAUGUGCAGAUGCCCUGUGGGUGGAACGCCCUGUGCUGCCUGCCCUGCUCCUUUUCUGCAGGACGUUCAUAUAAUCUGCUGCAAUGUUUUGCCUGUAGGGAAUGUGUUGUGUUUGAACAGGCGAGGUGGGGGAGGAGGAAGGGGGGGAUUUUUACAGACACAGAGAGCAUGCAUAUGGGCAUGCAUCAGGGGGCCUGGAUGUUGAACAGCUUGCCAUUUAAAUGCACACGUGUGCAAGCUAAUCUGCUCAGUAAUGGCUAGCUGAGCGGACAGAGCUGCAUACUCUCUGGAGAUAAGAAAGCUCUGCUCCUAGUUUCCUGACAAAAUUUCUCUAAAAAUAAACAUCAUGAGAGCAGACAAGGCCUCCGCCUGGGAACAUGUAUGACCUGCUCCUCAUGUCUCUCUUACCUUACAUAUGAGGAUACUUGUGUGUAACUACUUCCACAUGAACUGCAUCCUUGAAUUACUGCUUUUUAAUGACAUUGCUCAUUCCAAGUGAUGCCACUUUUGUAUACUCACUAGUAUCCCAUCGAGUGUUGCAGGCAGUAAUUUGCUGCUUUAUGAGAGUGCCAUGUCUUCCAACUACCUCAUCACCCUGAAGAUGAGUUAGGAAAUCAGCUUUCCACCUCAAUUCAUGUUCUAAAUGGCAUUGUUUCAAGGAAAAGCAGUCUGGAAAGCUUUUACAAACAUCAUGCUGCAAAAGCUAGCUAUAGAGCUUCCCACACUUUCAGGGCUAUGGCUGUGAAAUAUGGCUGUACACUGUUAUCUGCAUAGUGGCGUAUCCAAGGCUUUCAUGGCUAUUGUGGUAAAGUAGCACCAGGACACGGCGCUAGAAACAUUACACAGGUCAGUGCAGCCAGCAUUAGACUAAGGCAAAUGGAUUAAUAUACUCUCAGUAUAACUCAAUGCUAAGAUCCCAUAGAGUACUGUAAUAAAGUGGUACCGGGGCAGCCAUAAAAAGUCACAGUAAGCUGACAUAAUAAUACCAGGAUAAAUGUAGCAAUAAGGUAACACAGGCCACUGCAGUAAAGUAGCAUUUUGAUAAUGCAGCAAUAAGACACAACAGGAUGCUGCAGUAAAUUUGUUUGGGGAAUAAGGCAGUAAUAACAAUGUGCAUGGGCAAACUGUUGUACAUUUGUACCAGGUACUGCAGCAAUAAAGAUAACACAGGUGUUCUAGUAAUAAGUUACUACAGUAACAACAAGAUAAUUCACUGUAAAGUUAUAUCAGGAUGCUUCAACACUGCAGUCAAAUCCUACAAGAUAUUAAAGUGAGACAAUGAAGACGAAAUAUGCUCCACUUUGGACCACAAAAAAAAAGUCAGUUUUCUGCAUAGUAACCAAAAAUUUUGUAAUGAUCUCUGCAAUGCUAAUCCUAUCGCUCUCUUUUUUUUGAGGAAGCUAAGGCAAGAACAUUACACCAUCCCAUCCACUGCUUUGUUCUGAAAGUAAUAAAUUGGCUCAUUGGCUAUUCAGCCAGAUUGUUA